AGACAAAGUUCACCGGAUUUAAAAUGAUUCAAUUCAAAGUGUCUGCACCGGGGAAAGUAAUUCUUUUCGGGGAGCAUGCGGUGGUGUACGGGAAGACAGCCGUGGCGGCUAGCGUAGAUUUACACACGACUCUACAGUUCACGGAAUUACCUGAAACAGAUGAGAUCGUUAAAGUAUACUUCCCUAAAGUGAACCUAUUCGUCAGCAUAACGCUGCAACAGAUACGAGAAUUUUUUCUGACCAACAACGACGCGGGGCUCGUAGACAAUCACGAGAUGUUUUAUAAUAAAGUGAAGGAGUUCGUCGGUAUCGUUAAGUUCGCGAAUGCUCAACAGAAAUUCAGUUUAGAAGCGUUCUUUUAUCUUUUUAUUUAUAUCGCGCAGAAGGAGACGAUCCAUGUGAAACCGUUCCAAGUUCAAUUAGACACGGACUUGGCGAUCGGUUCCGGCCUCGGUAGUUCCGCCUCGUUCGCGGUUUGCUUGGCCGCCUGUUUCCUACAUUGGUCGCGUUUACAGAAAGAUAUCUACGAGAAAUCAGAUUUCUCCAGCCCGGACUUAGAUAUUAUAUCGAAGUACGCGAUGGCCUGCGAACGAAUCAUGCACGGCAACCCGUCGGGCAUAGACAAUUCCAUUUGCACGUACGGAUCAUUGAUAGAAUUUAAGAAGAACGAUUAUAUGAAACCAAUAGGCGACGUACCUCCUAUGAAAAUUUUAUUAGUAGAUACAAGAGUUAAUAGAAGCACGAAGGUUCUGAUGGAACGGUUGUUAGAACUGAAAAUCAGGUAUCCAGUUAUUAUUGAUCUGAUCAUGGACUCAAUAAAUAAUAUAUCGAAAGAAGCGAUUAAACUCAUUGAGAAGUUGAAAAGUUAUCCGUGUACUAAUGACAAGAGUCUGCUCGACGGAUACAGCCAGCUGAUGACGCUUAUUAACAUGAACCAAGGACUGCUGGCCACGUGCCAAGUGUCUCAUCCAUCCUUAGACAGAAUUUGUGCGGAGGCACAAAAUUAUGCUCUGGCAGCUAAGCUCACCGGUGCCGGCGGCGGUGGACACGCCUUCAUCCUCUUAUUACCGGACACCCAGCCGGAGACGAUCACUAGUAUAUCGCGGAAAUUGAUCGCCGAUGGAUUUACAGUUAAGUUAACGACGUUAGGAGGUCCCGGAGUCCAAAUUGUCAAGUAAUUUUAUUCUUGAUUAUCUUGUAUACUGUUUCAAAUUAUUCUUACUGUUCAUGCGACCUAGGAUUUGUUUAUAAUUAUUAUUAAUGAUAAUAAUAUUCCGAGAAGUAUUUAUAUAACUUCUUUACGGGUUCGUCCGUAAAAUAAAACGAUGGUAAAGUUUUGUUUAUGAAUA